AAAAUGACAGAAGAAGAUAUUUGUUUGAAUAUUUAACAAGGAGAAGUAUAUAUAAUAAUAAUAAUAUGAAAGUGUAAAAAAAAUGAUGGUAAUCUUCGAGAGAUAUUCAAUGUUUUAUCUACAUUUAACAACCCAUAUAUAUUGUAUAAUGAAAAAUAUUUAAAACUGAAAAAAUUAUUAGAUGAAUAAGAUUCGGAUCAAGGGAUGCAAAAUAUAUUAGGUUAAGAUCUAUUUAACAAUGAGAAUGAUUAUUAUUAGGAAUUUUAAAAUUUAGAAUAAAUGAUAAAGUCUAAUAAUAUGAUAGAAGUAGAAAAGGAUGUCAUAUAGAGAAAGAUUGCUUAAUAAUUAGUUAAUGAAUAUUAAGCAUAAUUGAAACUUAAUGAGAAUUAGUUAUUUGGAUUGAUUUAUAGUCAUAAAAAUAACGAGAAAUUUGGUAACUUUUUAAUAAUGAAGAAUCAGCAAAUAGAAUCAUUAGAAUGUAAUUGACUUAAUAGAAUUAUAAUUUAAGAGGUUUAAGCUGAGAGAGAAGUGACCACUUUGUUUAAAGAUAAUGAAUUAACUAAACUAUGUGCAAUCUUGGGUUAUGCUGAAUUCUUUAAUGAUGAAAGAGAAAAAUAAGUGUCUGCUCUAAGUUUAAAUGGUUCAUUAUAUUUGUUGAAAUUCGAUAAUCAACGAGAGUUAAUAAGUUGUUUGGAUUACGUUAAUGGAUAGGCUUCCUCUAUUAGAAUUUAGGAUAUAGCUGUUAAAAACUCAGAAGGAGUGAGAUAUUUUUUGAUAAAGUAAUGAGAU